ACUGAACUGACACUUAAUCGCUAUGCUAUGUAUGAGUAUUUGCAUACUUUAUAGGCAACAAUUUGGACUACAACAAUAGCAAAAACACUCCCACUGAGUGAGCAACAUAUGUGGGUGUCGAGGUGGAUGAUACUUUUACUCUUGAAUUGCCAAUCGCGGAUUAUCACUGUCACUGCUGGAGAGGGUGAAUUUAAAGCUGGAUUAGCGUGCAUAAAUAUUCGCAAUGUUGGGGAAAUUUCGUAGACGCUUUGAAUUAUCCGCGUCAGUUGCAUUUGUGAAACGGUUCGGAACGGUUCGAAAACGAAAAUAAAAACGCUCGCAUUACUUGUGUUCAUACACUAUUUUAUAUAGAGAAAUAACUAAAAUUUUUGGAUUUACUUCGAAAAAUAAUUUAAAAAAUUCUGAUUCAAAAAUAGAUCGAUUUUAAAAAGAAGAAAGUUACUUGAAAUGCGUAAAAUUGCAUUGCUAUGGCUCGUAAUCGGGUUGUCCAUGCUUUUAAUCUUCGAAUGUGCCGAAAUAUCUUAUGACACACUACGUAACAAAAUUAUCGACGCCGAACGAUCGGCUGCAGUCGGUGGCAAUAUUUGGCUGACAUCGGCGGAGGAUAAAGCGAACAGCAUAUUAAUGAAUGCGAAACGAGCCGAGCUGGCGGAAGGCGUUAAGACACCAGAGAAAUUUCCACCCGCCAUGCAUUUCUUUCAAGGCAAACAGUAUCUGCGACAAAGUGAGGUCUUUCGUAUUAUACAAAAACUGCCCAAGGGUGCGCUACUGCAUGGUCACAAUACGGGUAUGGUCAGUUCACGCUGGAUUAUAAGCAAUCUGACCACGCUCUAUAAUUUGUAUACCUGUCGGGAUGUGAAUGGUCUACUGAUGUUCACCUACGAGCAGAGCAAAUGUCACAGUGAAGUGCAGAAUGUUUGCUUAGAGCGGAUUAAUGCUGAGGAUCGACGACUUUACGAGCGCCAGCUGGAGAAGCAUAUCAAUAUGUAUACUGUACAUCCGGAAUCCAUGAUUACUGAUAAACGCAAGAUAUGGCAACGCUUCUACAAUAUUUUCAAAAGUGUGGAAAAUUUUUACAGUUAUCAACCUGCAUUCUGUAAUUAUCACAAACGCUUGCUGGAGGAGUUAUGUGAAGAUAACAUAUUCUAUGCUGAACUGAGAUCACCACUAACGCCGCUUUACGGCGAUAAUAAUCGUACAAUGAACGCCCUAGAAGUGGCCAACGAACUGGAAGCUAUCGUUGAGGGUUUCAAAGCUAGACAUCCUGACUUCGUUGGUCUCAAGGUCAUCUAUACCAAGCCAAAUCAAGGCACUGUGGAUGAAAUGGCUCAGCAUAUGAUAACCUUUAAGCAAUUACAUGAUGCAAAGCCAAAUUUCAUUAUUGGCUUUGAUUUAGUUGGACAAGAAAAUACCGGUGAUCCGCUGCAUAAAUUUGUAAAUGAGUUGACUGACAUGCCACCCACUGCCAAUUUUUUCUUUCAUGCUGGCGAAACAAAUUGGUUUGGCAAAACCGAUUGGAAUCUCAUGGACGCACUGCUGCUCAACACAAAACGCAUCGGUCACGGUUAUGCACUGCCGAAACAUCCGAAUAUUUGGUCCACUGUAAAGAAACGUAACAUUGCCAUCGAAGUUAGUCCGAUUUCUAAUCAAGUAAUGGGUCUCGUAUGGGAUUUACGCAAUCAUCCCGCUACAUUUCUUAUAGCCGAAAACUUUCCGAUUGUCAUAACUGCCGAUUAUCCGGGUAUUUGGAAUUCGAAGGGAUUGAGCUAUGAUUUCUAUUAUGCAUUCAUGGCGCUGGCGCCAGCUGAGGCGGAUUUGCGGUUUCUCAAGCAACUCGCUUUGAAUUCGAUAAAAUACUCCAUUUUAACAUCGGAGGAACGUCGUAAAAUAAAUCGAGUGUUCCAGAAGAAAUGGGAGGAGUUCAUUUAUAAUGUGAUCAAUUUGAGAUUCUAAAAGUAACGUGUUUAUUAAUUAAGUCAUAUUUAUCAAAUCAGUAUUACUAUUAUGAUUAAUGCUUUACGAUGUAAUAAAUUUCUAGCGAUUUUAUUAAAAUA